GUCUACACAUCAAAUAUGGAACAGCAUGUUAUCACUUUUCGCUGCAAUUGUAUGGUGUGUUUUCGAUAAUUUUUUUUUUGUGCUUACCACGAAUUGAAAGUUUAUCGUGUACGGAGACAACAUUACAAAUUUUAUAGUUGUGCUACAAUAGAUUAAGCGAAAAAAAUUUUAUUACAACAUCGAAUUAACACGGGACAUUAUACAAGUCGUGGUUUUUAUAAUUAAAUUAAUUUAAAGAAAAAUAUAAUCAGAGAAAUGGAAAAUCUUCAAAUUCGUCAAUUGUCCUCCGAAUUGGCGAAUGUCGCCAAAACUGAACUGAAUGAAAAUCCAGCUAAAAUUGCCGAAGACAUCGAAUAUCUUCGGAAGUGGUUGCAGAUGCAACCGCAUAUUAUUAGUCGAACAGACGAUCAGUUUUUGGUGUCUUUCCUGAGAGGCUGUAAAUACAGUUACGAAAAAUCCAAAGAGAAAUUGGACAUGUACUUCACCGUACGUUCGGCAAUACCUGAAUUUUUCUAUGAUCGUGAUCCAACGUAUGCCAAUCUGACAGAAGCUAUCAGACGAGGAGUUACGUUACCAUUGCCGAAAACCGAAAAAUAUAACUCGUCCAGAGUUAUGCUAAUUAGACACGGAGUUUAUGAUCCUCAAAGGCUUGGAAUUCAAGACAUUAUGAAAGUAUCUUAUAUGAUCAACGAUAUUUCAAUGAUGGAUGAUGACAACGCCAUUGUGUGCGGUCAAACAAUUUUAAUUGACUUAAAAGGGUUAACAUUGGGACAUGUUGGACAGUGUACACCGUCCAUUAUCAAGAAAAUGACAACGUCGAUCCAAGAAGCGUAUCCGGUUCGACAGAAGGGCAUCCAUUUCGUGAACCCUUCCUCGAUUUUCGAUGCCGUUUUCAAAAUAUUUUACAAUUUUAUGAGCAGCAAAGUUAGAAAACGGAUUUUCGUUCACGAUUCGUUCGAAUCACUGUACAAACAUAUCAAUAAAGAAUGCCUGCCGCAUGAAUACGGUGGUCUAGGCGGCUCGGUUCAAAGCAUUGCCGAAGAAUGGGAAAAGAGGUUAAUGGCUAGACGUGACUGGUUUAUUGAAGAUGGCAAGUACAAAACAGAUGAAAGCAGGCGAUUGGUCAAAUCGAAGAAGAAUGAAGAACUUUUCGGUAGUACUGUGGGGUCGUUCCGAAAAUUGGAAGUAGAUUAAAUUCGAUUGGUACGUACCUUUAUACUUGUACUGUCAAUAAAGGUUGGUUUGCGCACCCUUCGAUGUCUGCACUAUCAAAAAAAAA